CAUUUGGAAAUGCGGUCCACAUGCCCGCAGUUCUACACGAUGUACUCAGGGACAUCUCCGUCCGUCUGGUCGGUGUCAACACAAAGAUAAGAAGAGGCCGAUGGUUGAGAGCCUAACCGACAGGAGGUGCCGUGCACAUCGCAGGUCGCAGCCCUCUGUUUGUAUGACCGGACAUCCGCAUUCCGCAACCGCCAGAGCCGCAGGGCCGAACGAGCCGCGCACCGUGGACACCGAGACACCGAGACACCGAGGAGCGCUUAGCUGCUCACAAUAGUCUCACCCACAGGCAGACAACGGUUCAAAGGACACAAUCCCACUGGGUACGACUUUGGUGUAGAUGGAGCUCGGGUGACCAUGAACCACUUGAAGUUGGACUAACAAAGGAGUGAAACAAAGCGACAUGGCGGUCUUCAAACCUGAAAAUGUUGAGGACUUCUAUGAGAUCGGAGAAGUUCUGGGAAGUGGGCAUUUUGGUCAGGUUCGACAGGUUCGGGAGCGGGCUACUGGGACUUGUUGGGCAGGCAAGUUCCUGAAGAUCCGGAAGAACACGUGCAGUCGCCUUGGUCUGGACCGGAGCUGUGUGGAGAAGGAGGUGGAGAUCCUCCAGGCUGUACAACAUCCAAACAUCGUAACUCUCAAAGACGUUUUUGAGAGCCGAGCUGAGGUGGUGCUCGUCCUGGAGCUUGUUAGUGGAGGGGAGUUGUUUGACUUCAUUGCUGCAAAGGAGAACCUGCUGGAGAGUGAGGCCAUUGAGUUCAUGAAGCAGAUCCUGGAGGGACUUAGCUUUAUGCAUAGCAAGAACAUCGGCCACUUUGACCUCAAGCCAGAGAACAUCAUGCUGUCAGACAAAGUGGCUGCUCAGCCCAACAUCAAACUCAUCGACUUCGGCCUGGCUCAUCAUUUUUAUCAAGGGGAGGAGUACAAAAGCACAAGUGGUACCCCACAGUACAUCGCACCCGAGGUGAUCAACAGUGAGCCUCUGAGCACAGCAGCAGAUAUGUGGAGCAUUGCUGUUAUUACCUACAUUCUAUUGAGUGGUUUGUCACCAUUCCAAGGUGAGACAGAUGAGGAGACACUGAGGAACAUCAGUGUCAUGAACUACACGUUCCCUCCGCAGUAUUUCAACAUGACCACCUCCAUGGCCAAAGACUUCAUCCAGAAACUCCUUUUAAAAAACCCCAGUGAAAGAAUGACAGCUGAGGAAUGUCUGCUUCAUCCAUGGAUUAAGCCUAUGACACGCAAACAGGUGGCCCAUAGGAAUCGUUCCUCAAUCAACAUGAAGAACUUUAAGAAGUUCAACGCGAGAAGAAAAUGGAAGAUGUCCUAUAACAUGGUGUGGAUGUGUAACCGGCUGGUCCAGUUGAAACUGCUGCCGAAGGGCAAUACAGAUCCAGAUCCACUACAGAGACAAUGUGAAAGCGACGUAGAGGACAACGAAAGCAAGCCCGCCUCUCUGCUGCGUCGAAGACUCAGCAGCAGUUCAUAAAGCUGAGCAGAGAAAGAUUCCAGGAUGCAUCUCUAAGGGAAAAAGUGAAACAGGCGAUGGUACUGUCAAAUGAGUGUGCAUGACUUCAUCUGAUGCCUAUUUCUCAAGACAAAAAAGCUUUCAUUUUAUUUCACGUACAAUGUAUUUUGGUGAUGGCAGGUAAAGUUUUUGAUAACAGUGUGAAAAUAAAGCAUAUUAUAGUAUCAAAGAGAAAAAUUCUUUAAAAUGUCACAUGAUAUUAUAAAGGAUAACGAACAUGAGGAACAAUAAAAAGUGUAUCAUAGUAAUAAGUGAGAACAGUAACAUUCCUAAAAAGACAAAUCUCUCCUCCCCCUUGUUAACAGACCCCCGUUUGGGACUGUGCUUCUAUGGGCGCCGUUUGUAAAAUGUAAUAUUUACACUUAACAUUUAUAUUAUUUAACAACUUUGUGUUACUGCCAAACCUUAUCCUUGGAAAAGUUAUUGCAUGAAUUUACAUAAAUUUCUCUCUAAAUGUUUGAAAAAGUGACAUGAAUAUUGUUGUGUUUUUUUUUACAUAUGAUAAUGCUAAAUGUACCAAAGCUGCGCAGGAUUUUCGAACGUACGACAUUUUACAAACGGUGCCCCAUAUGCUUCUAAUCCAGGAUGCCACAAAGUCUUCUUGGCCAAAUGUUUUUGUAAUUUUUAUUCAGUUUUUCCACCUCACAUACAGGAUUCUAUGUCUGAUUCUACAUAACAUGGCUACCAUAUCAGCUGACUUUGGGUCACAUAGGUCAUCAUUUAAAGCAGAAUUCUAUCAUAACUAACCUCCUAUUUCUUUACGUACCUCAUGACUUUAUUUUUGUAAUAUAACUUAUUUACUUAAAAUGUUUCUGAAAACUUUUUCUGUUUUGUGUAAAAUGUUUUGAAUGUUUAGAAAAAUUUGAACUUGAGCUAAAACUCAGAUUCUAAGCUCCGAUAGGAGCUGUCAAACUCAAACCCCCUGAUCAUUUUCAUACUAAUGAAGAUGCUAUAUACAUUCUAAUUAGUAAAGUACUUUAUUUUAAUCAGUACUUGUUGUUUGACGUCUUGUACUCAUGUAUUAGGUCACUUGCCUUGUGAUGUAUGACUUAUCACACAAUCAUACAUGUGUUGUAAACAAUUUCACCAACUAAACAUCUGAUCUUUUUGACUGUCAUCUGGAUUCAGUCAAGACUUGGAACAAUGAUGACACGUCCGUUUGCACGAGUAUCUUGUUUAAAAUGACUUGUAUCUGUCAUUUGACUGCUUAAUUUCCUUUUUAUCUCAUUCGAAUGAUUCACUUGACAAAGCAAAUUGCAGUAGGUCAACAGUGAAACUGCAGUUACUUUGAUCACUGCUAUACUUGACUAAAUAUAUACAGAACUUUCUGACAUACCUCACAUACAGAGAGGUUUAAUGUGAAAGUUAUAAUAAAGAUUUUGAAUGAAAUAAUA